AUGGCCGCUGAAAAUUUCAUCCACGAUCUUUCAGGAUAUCUAUUCGCUGGUAAUUUGUCGGAUCUCACCUUGACCUUUGGCGAGACGAGCUGGCAGGUCCACAGAGCACUCGCAUGCUGUCAUUCUAUAUGGUUUCAGAAAGCCGUCAAUAUCGGCUUCAAAGCAAGUGUGAUCACGCUACACGAUGAUCCUGAAUUUGCUGAUGCCAUCGACUGCAUGGUGUCGUACUUCUACAAGGCCGGCUACGACGUCUCUCAAUACGACACAUCCGAAUCCCUCCUUCAUGCACAAGUCGCUACUAUCGCCGACAAGUACGAUUGCGCAUCGCUCUACAAGCUUGCAAGAACUUCGUUCACGGAUACUGUAAAUGCUGUUGAGAGCAAUGACUGGUUCGCCGUGGCAGCCUUAAUCUACGACCACACGACACCAGACUUGUCAGCUCACAAGGAAUUGCGAGGUCUAGUCGUUGCUGCCGUUGCAGAUCGCCCUGAUGUGUUGAAGGAGAUCCUUCAAUUAGAAAGCACAGCAGGAUUCCUCCGUUCAAACGCGGAUCUGGCGACCGAUCUUCUCCUCAGCAGAAAACGGGAACUAGAAGAUGAACACAAAGAGGCCUAA